AGGUCUCUUAUCGAUAGGGAAAAACCUUUCAGUAUCAUGCUCUGUACCUAGAGGUCACGGCCCCAACGUUGUAUAAAAUAGAUAUCAUUUUGACAUGGACACGACGGUAUUCGAUACGAAUUUACUCGCAAACAUUGUUAAAAAGAUGCUCAAUUAUUUUAAAGAAAGGAAUUCGAACAUAUCCCCGAAAGUUACGUACAGUCACACAGAUGUAACAUUGUCUAAAAAUGACACAGAAUGUUACACGAUAAGAGUCACGAAUUACGGACAGUCUACGAAUGACGUCUUGUUAUCUUCACAUAAAAUCUUUUGGAAGUUCGUUUCUGAGAGUACAGUUUUUGAAAACUCAAUAAUUGCCACAAUAUACAACUGGAACGAACAUACCGAUUGUCACGAAGUACUGGAUCUGAACUUCGUGCAAAAUCGUUUAUCGUUGAUAAAAAAUACAAGUGAUAAGAAUCAUAUCGAUUUCUCUAAUCAGAAAAAGUAUUUAUCGUUUCUAUUAAAGGCAAAAUUGAUGUCCUCUGAAGUAGAUAAAUUUACAAGGCUCGUAAUACAUGAAAUAAUUUCAUUACAACAAAUGAAGCCUGAUAUAAAGUUUACAAUUCACAUAGACAAAAGGAUUCUAUACAAUAAUUAUGUUGCGCUGGAUUAUGAUUACAAAUCAAGUCAGGUGCUUGCUACUGCAUUGACAAACAUCAUUAGGCAGAGUUUAGAUGUUACAUUUAAGGAAAAAUGUUUUUCUAUGCUAAACGUGGAAAAUUCGCACGAAGUUGAAAGUGCGCUCACGGUUAAAUUACUACCAUUAAUACAUGAUAAGUACGCGUUUCCCAGUGUUAGUUAGAUAAUUCAUAAUCAUAAAAAGGGGACACACAAUUAUUCCUAUAUCGUGAAUU